GGUUGAAUGCUACAUAUUUUGUCAGCAGCCCAUAUACGUAUUAUUAUUUUGUUCAUAUCUGGGCGAAGCUUGCAAGGAGAAAAAUAUUAUUGAUAGUGUAUUGCUACUUUGCAUAUUUGGUGCUUAUGUAUAUAAUCGUAUUUUCAGUUUAAAGCCACCUUCCUUAACCCGUGCCCAAUGCCGAGGAAUGGAUAGUGUGUCUGGCAAAGGUGGUGAAAAGAUGGUCGAAAGUGAUGAACCGUCGGGGAGGGCUAGUGGCGGUGGCGCAGCGAUGGCCGCACUACACCAAUGCGAACUCAUCCAGAACAUGAUCGAAAUCUCCAUCUCCAGUUUGCAAGGGCUCCGGACAAAAUGCGCCGCAUCCAACGAUCUCACCCAGCAAGAGAUACGCACUUUAGAGGUGAAGCUGGUGAAGUACAUCUGUAAGCAGCUGCAGUGCAAACGGAGGGUGCCAGAGAGAGAAAGGCUCCAAGCCCUGGAUGCCUACCCCCGCCUCUGUGACUGGCUGCGGACCGUCAACAUGCGACCUGAGCUUAUAGAGGCAGUGCCAGUGAAGCUCUCCCUGGAUUCUCUGUUGCAGAUGUCCAGCUCACAGGUUCAGGAAACGAUGAGGAGAUUGGGCUCCAGCUCAGAGGAAUGCUCACGGCUUAGUGCUGCCCUCUCCUGUCUGAAGAGCGCCACUGCGUCAGGUGGGGAGCUGAGAGAUGAUGGAGUGCCCUGGAUCGUAGAGCCCCCCCAACGUGACUCCUCUGGCCUCUCUGAUCAGCUGACCUGUUUGGGGAGCCUCCCACGAGCCCCUAGCCCUGCCCCUCCCACCCUGGGCACCUCUUCUGCCCCCUCCACGCCCUGCAACCCCUGCGGCCAGCCCCGGGCCACGUUUGCAUCAGCCACGCCCCCCGCCGAAUGCCAGGGACCUUACGUCUGUGUCGACGGCCUGACGGACUCCUUUCCGGCCCUCUCCUCCCCCCAGGCCGACCGCGUUCGGGGCCAUGUGGCCACACCCCCCGUCACCCCGCCCUCCAAGAGGCACAACCAGUUGAAACCCCCCCGGACGCCGCCGGCCCCGUCCCGCAAGCUGCUCCACCUCCUGCCCAACAUCACCCUGACCCGCAGCAAGAGCCACGAGUCGCAGCUGGGCAACCGUAUCGAGGAGACCGCCCCCAAGUGUGCAAAGAAGAACAAGCUGUUCCUGAAUGUGCAGGUCAACGGCAGUGGCAACAGCUAUGAGGACCCCACCUCCCGGUCCCCACUGCCCCCCACCCGAAACCCCGCCCCUAGCACCGCCCCCUACACUCUACCAGGCACCCCCACCCUCCUGGAGGAGCAUAUAACCCUGAAGAAUAACCUAGCGGUGCACAGGAGUUCUCCACAGAUGAUCAGGAGGGACAUUGGCCUAGCUGUCACUCAUAGGUUUUCCACCAAGUCCUGGCUAUCCCAGACAUGCCAGGUGUGUCAGAAGAACAUGAUGUUUGGGGUGAAGUGCAAACAUUGCAGACUAAAGUGCCAUAACAAGUGUACAAAAGAGGCCUCUUCCUGCCGGAUCUCUUUCCUCCCCAUUGCGAAAAUCCGCAGGACAGAGUCCGUGCCAUCAGACAUUAAUAACCCUGUGGACCGGCCGCCAGAAGCACCACAGUUUGGCACCUUACCAAAGGCAAUAACCAAAAAGGAUCACCCCCCAGUGCUGAACCAGCUGGAUUCCAGCAGUAACCCCUCCUCUACCACCUCAUCCACGCCCUCGUCACCUGCCCCCUCUCAGCAGAGCAACCCCCCCAGUGCCACUCCGCCUCCCAACCCCUCCCCGAAGGGGGCCCGCGAUGGCAGGUUCCACUUCCCAGCUGCCUGCUACUUUCAGCACCGACAGCAGUUUAUCUUCCCUGAUGUGCCCAGCUCACCCCACUGCUCAGCUGGGCCCUCUGAAGGGUCUCAUGAUGCGGGCGAGGGGGACCCUGCGGCACAUGACCCGAAGUCACAGCUGCUGGGCGAUGAGGAAGCUGUGGAAGAGGUGGAGGAGGAUGACGAACACGGAGGGGAGGGGGAGGAGGGUGACGGAGGUGACGGGCGGGGGAAAUUGGGCUCGGAUGGCGAGGGCGACGGUGACGGCGACGAGCUGGACGACCUCCCCAGCUACCGGGGCGGGCCAUGGAAGGGCCCCAUCUCGCGCAAGGCCAGCCAGACCAGCGUGUACCUGCAGGAGUGGGACAUCCCGUUUGAGCAGCUGGAGCUGGGGGAGCUGAUCGGCAAGGGCCGCUGGGGCAAAGUGCACAAGGGCCGCUGGCACGGCGAGGUGGCCGUGCGCCUCCUGGAGAUCGACGGCAACAACCAGGACCACCUGAAGCUCUUCAAGAAGGAGGUGAUGAACUACCGGCAGACGCGGCACGAGAACGUGGUGCUGUUCAUGGGGGCGUGCAUGAACCCGCCCCACCUCGCCAUCAUCACCAGUUUCUGUAAAGGACGGACAUUGUACUCCGUUGUGAGAGAUGCCAAAAACACACUGGACAUCAACAAGACCAGGCAGAUUGCACAGGAAAUUGUGAAGGGAAUGGGCUAUCUUCAUGCUAAGGACAUCGUUCACAAGGAUCUCAAGUCCAAGAACGUGUUCUAUGACACCAGCAGGGUGGUCAUCACAGACUUUGGCCUUUUUGGGAUGUCAGGGGUGGUUCAGGAGGGCAGGCGGGAGAACGAGCUGAGGCUUCCUCAUGGAUGGGUGUGUUACUUAGCCCCUGAGAUUGUGCAGAGGAUGGGCCCAGGAAUCGCGGAGGAUCGUCUUCCUUUCUCCAAACAUGCUGAUGUCUACGCAUUCGGCACCAUCUGGUACGAGCUGCAGGCUCGUGAUUGGCCCAUCACCAACCAACCAGCAGAGGCCAUGAUCUGGCAGGUGGGCAGCGGCGAGGGCAUCAGGAAGGUCCUGGCAGAGGUCAGCCUGGGAAAGGAAGUGACGGAGAUCCUGUCUGCCUGCUGGUCCUAUGAGCCCAGUGACCGGCCCUCCUUCACCCAUCUCGCAGAAAUGCUGGAGAAAUUGCCCAAGCUGAACCGAAGGCUGUCCCACCCCGGCCACUUCUGGAAGUCUGCAGAGUAUGUAUCUUAGCGACACCUGCUUGACCUCUGAUCCCCAAUACCUCACCCCGACACUCAGGCGCACGGGAGAAGGAUACGGUACCUGACUCAAGGAAAAGGGCGUUGGCUGUGUUGUUACAGGGUGGGGCUGGGGCCACAGUGCUGGUGAAGGGUUUCCAUUCGAAACACUGUCUCCCAAAUGCUCCCACUCUCUGUACACCUGGGGUCCCUCUUCCACUUUCUCAACUUAGAAACAAGAUGGCUGACCCCUGGUGGCCAUUUUACAUGUGAAAGGCUCUAUCCAUAUGCCACCUCCUGUGGGUUUUUAACCACAUUCAUUUCUGUUCAGAGCACUGAUCCAACAUUGAUGGCUGGGCUGCUGAAAGAUUGUGAAUUCACCUGGGUACUCAGCUUCACAAACACAGCACCCAAAUGUAGGUGAUUUGUGAUGACAGCUGGCUAAGUAAACAGUCAACCAGCAAUAUACAUCAAAGCUGAGGAGAAAAUAGAAUGACUGCAAAACAGAUUUUUGAUUUAUUUUAUGUGUUUGCGUUUAACUUUGAAUCUGUGACAGAAUAGCCUGUACUUACACAUAAAACUGCUGUGAACCAAACUUUUUUUUUAAAAAAACAUGGUUCUCUUUAUGACUCUGUCCAGGUGCUGCGACUCUGUAUUUUAAGGUUAAUGACUCCCUGUGCUGUGACCUGCUAUUUUAAUGUUGAAUGACUCUGUCCCUGUGCUGUGACUUUGUUUGCCUCCAUCUUGCUUGAACACCUUGACACCACAGCGUACCUGGGAACUGCUCCCAGGGCUAGCCUUACUCCACCUUUACCUGCUACCUGCAUUCUAUAACGCUGCACUGCAUGGACAGCAUUGCCACAGG